AUGAGGCGUGCAAGGGUCUCCCUGUCUUGUUUUGAUCCUAAACGCCUUCUCCUGGGAGUGAGUGCGCCCUCCGCAAGCGGUCCCAAGAAAGCAAGAGUUGGGGAGCCCGGAAGCCCAGUCCCCCCAACCCCUGUCUCCCGCCCGCCCUGGCGGCAACCUCGGGGGCGAGGCAGCCGUGCGCGUGGGAGGGGACGGCGCGCCAUUGGCUUGUGCGCUGCACAGAGAGGAGGGACCAGCGCAGGCCGCUAGACUAAGCCCCUGUGCAUAGGACCGGCUCAGGACAAGAUGGCAGCCAAGCAGCCCCCACCCCUGAUGAAGAAGCACAGCCAGACGGACCUUGUGAGCCGCCUGAAGACUCGGAAGAUCCUCGGCGUGGGAGGGGAGGAUGAUGAUGGGGAGGUACACCGCUCCAAGAUCAGCCAAGUCUUGGGCAAUGAAAUCAAAUUUGCAGUUCGGGAGCCUUUGGGACUCAGGGUCUGGCAGUUUGUGUCUGCUGUGCUCUUCUCUGCCACUGCGAUUAUGGCCCUCACCUUACCUGACCAACUCUAUGAUAUAGUCUUUGAUGGAGCCGAGGUGACUGGCAAGACCCCCAUCCGCCUCUACGGUGGUGCCCUCCUCAGCAUCUCCCUGAUCAUGUGGAACGCUCUGUACACUGCCGAAAAAGCCAUCAUCCGGUGGACUUUGCUCACCGAAGCCUGCUACUUCGGGAUCCAGUUUCUGGUGGUCGGUGCCUCCCUCGCUGAGACAGGUCUCAUGUCCUUGGGGGUCCUGCUGCUACUAGCCAGCCGCGUCCUGUUUGUGGCUAUCAGCGCUUACUACUACUACCAAGUCGGCAGAAGACCCAAGAAAAUCUAG